CUCUGUGCCUGCAGCGCUGCGUUCGGGGCCCCGUGCUGAAAGAGGGGCGGUGAGCCCCUGGAGCGCGUCCAGAGAAGGCUUACAGCGUUGGUCGGCAGCUGGACUAUUGAUCUUAGUUGUCUUCCCAGCCUUAGUGGUUCUACGAUUCCAUAGAAGCGGUUCUUGCAGAACUUGGAUUUCUACUUCAUCUGCUUCUCUUCUACAUCUCUUCACAGUGUUGGUGCCUCUUUCACUCGUGUUCAUACACCAGUUUCUGAGUGCGUGCCUGAAACUUCUCGUGUCCGGCAGGUUGGUGCGGUGAGCCUGGGUGGUGAUAGUAUGAGAGCUGCUCCUCAGCCUGCACUCAGAACUGCGGCCACAAAGAGUCAUGUUCUUGGCUGCCGGGCUAGGUCUUCUUUCUGGGAGCCCUUGAGAUGACAGCCAUGGCAGAAUUCAACAACGUUCAAUCAGUGUCUGAAAUGCCAGAAGAAGGUGAAGCUAAACGUGGUUUCUAUCACAGAAUGCUUUUGGAACCUCAGGAGGAGAAGAGGAACCUGAAGGCUCUGAUGGUUAAACAAGUGAAGAAAACUUGCAGCUGCACUCCAGCCAAAGUUAAAGACUGUGUUUUAAGUUUCUUUCCCAUCUUGCAGUGGCUUCCUAAAUACAAUCCAAAAGAGUGCUUACUGGGAGACAUAAUGUCUGGUGUGAUUGUGGGGGUCUUGCUAGUCCCACAGUCAAUUGCUUAUUCUCUCUUGGCUGGACAGGAGCCUAUUUAUGGCCUUUAUACAUCCUUCUUUGCAGGCAUUAUUUACUGCAUAUUUGGAACCUCUCGCCACAUCUCUGUUGGUAUCUUUGGUGCACUUUGUCUGAUGGUGGGACAAGUGGUGGAUCGUGAGGUGCUGAGAGCCGGCUAUGAGCUGGAGCCAGCUGCUCUUAGUGACCACAUGGAUACAGCAAUGCACGUGAACUCCACCACUGCACCUGUGAACCAGACACUGCAGAAGCUGCUCUGUGAUAAAACCUGCUAUGCAAUAAAAGUGGGAGCCACCAUGACCUUCAUAGCUGGAGUUUAUCAGGUGGCCAUGGGUUUCUUUCAAGUGGGCUUUGUCUCAGUGUACCUCUCCGAUUCAUUGCUCAGCGGAUUUGUCACGGGUGCCUCCUUUACCAUCCUGACAUCACAAGCUAAGUACCUCCUGGGUCUGGACAUUCCACGGAGCAGUGGCGUCGGCUCCCUCAUAACCACGUGGAUAAACAUCUUCAGAAACAUACACAAGACUAACAUGUGUGAUGUCAUCACCAGCUUUUUGUGCUUUCUUGUUCUUAUCCCAACUAAGGAGCUUAAUGAACAUUUUAAAUCCAGGCUCAAGGCUCCAAUUCCAGUUGAAUUAGUUGUGGUUGUGGCAGCUACUCUGGCAUCUCACUUAGGGAAGCUGAAAGAAACCUAUGGCUCAAGUGUUGCUGGGCACAUCCCAACUGGCUUUCUGCCACCCAGCCCUCCUGACUGGAACCUGAUUCCUAAUGUGGCACUGGAUGCUAUCCCCAUCGCUGUCAUUGGCUUUGCCAUCACUGUUUCCCUCUCAGAGAUGUUUGCCAAGAAGCAUGGUUACACUGUGAAGGCCAACCAGGAAAUGUAUGCCAUUGGCUUCUGCAACAUCAUUCCCUCUUUCUUCCAUUGCUUCACAACAAGCGCAGCUCUUGCUAAGACUCUUAUUAAAGAGUCAACAGGUUGCAGAACACAGGUUUCUGGCGUUGUGACUAGUUUGUUAAUCCUAAUAGUCCUCCUUGUGAUUGCACCUUUGUUUUAUUCCCUUCAGAAAUGUGUCCUUGCUGUCAUAACCAUUGUAAACCUCAGAGGUGCCCUGCGAAAGUUCAGAGACCUGCCAAAAAUGUGGCAUUUGAGCAGGGUGGACACGGUGAUCUGGCUAGUUACUAUGGCGUCCUCAGCACUCAUCAGUACUGAGAUUGGCCUUUUGAUUGGUGUUUGUUUCUCUAUGCUUUGUGUCAUUUUUCGAACUCAGAAACCAGAGGCACCAUUGCUUGGCUGGGUGGCAGAGUCUGAAACGUAUGAGUCCCUGUCUGCUUAUAAGAACUUAGAAACUAAGCCAGGAGUUGUGGUGUUGCGUUUUGAAGCACCCCUCUACUACAUCAACAAAGAGUGCUUCAAAUCCGCACUGUACAAGCAAACUGGAGUCAACCCAGCCUUGGUGAAGGCAGCAAAGAAAAAGGCAGCAAAAAGAAUGCUUAGAGAGAAGGAAGCGGGUUCUGGUGGCAACCAGACCAACGUUUCCAUGGAGCUUGUGUCCGAGCCGUUGGGGUUUCACACAAUAGUGAUUGACUGCUGUGCAGUACAGUUUCUGGACACAGCAGGAAUACGCACGCUCAAAGAGGUCUGCAAGGACUACAGUGAGAUAGAUGUCCAGGUGCUACUGGCACAGUGCAAUCCUUCGGUGAGGAGUUCCCUCAUGCGGGGAGAAUUCUUCAAAGAGGGGGAGGACCAUCUUCUCUUCCACAGUGUGCAUCAGGCCGUGGACUUUGCACUGGGUGCACAGGAGCACAGCAGGACCUGUGCUUCUAAGAGCUAAUUGUGGGAAGGCAACAAGUUGGAACAAAGCCUGGAAAAAAAUGAGCAUUGCUUUAUGUAUGAUACUGAGUGAAUGCAACUCUUAAGUUUCUCAUGAUCUGUAUAUGAGCCAAAGAGUUUCAUAUGAACAUUUAUCUCAUUUCUCUUCUGUCAUCAGCUUUCCAUUUCUUGGUUCCCCUCUGUUUUGAUCAUCAGCACGAAGGUCUUUCUGAAUAAGACAAGCUUUAGAAGCAUUCUAGGCAAACCAUCUAGCUGAAUGCUACAAGGCAACUCAUUUCUUGUUCCUAGUUGAGAAAUUGCUUUUUCAUAUCAUCACAGCCUUAUAUUUUUAAGGAAUGACUGACAGGUACUGUUUACUCUGUUUUUUAUCACGUUGUGAUUGCUUGGUCAUAUGAGGACCAAUAGAUAAGGAAAAUCAUGCAACAAAAAAGUCUUAAUGCAUAGCUUAUAACUUACCUGUCACCUCUGGACAAUGCUUUGUCAUCGUGUGUUGACAGCCAAAUGCAGCCAGAUGAGCGGGGACAUGGUUAUCUAGUUUCUGUGCAGUCCCUUACAUGCCAGGAAAGAUUGCUCUUUUGCUUGAAUCUCUUUGGAUAAUCUCUCUGGAAGUAUUUUUAUUUGGACAUGAUUGCUUAGAAGUCUGAUUCAUACUUACGGUCAAUUGCUUGUUUUGUUAGUAUUUAGGAGCGCUUUAGGAUUGUGAACAUUAGAUAUGAAAGAUCACCAAUUCAUGGGUUGCAGUGCAAUACAAGCUGGUUUUACUUGCCAAACUGACAGAACCCCAGACACCGGAAUGAGAAGGGCCCCACAGAUUAUCCAGCAUUGGGCCAAAUCUGCUUGUGCCAUGCAGACUUCCGGUGUGAAUGCAGGUUUUAUUGACCAUAAACUCUUUAUAUAUGCUCAGUCGUGGGCCUUUUGUAAUGGAGAUGUUGGCCAAGAAGAGAGGUAAUCAGAAAAAGAGCCAGAAAGAAAUCUGCUGAAAGCUCUUCACCAGGUUAGUGUAAAUAAAACUUUGUACUUUGCUUUUAAGUUAUGCAGAACAGUGAAGAGUCCCUAUUGUUCAUGUCGAAAUAAAGGCACUGGGUAGGAAGACGUUCUCUGUUCUUACAGCAAUAGAAUACAAUUAUGAAAGCAUAAUUGAAAGAUUAACUUUUUUUUACUGGCUGCCAAGGGAGUUUAUAGUCUGAACUGCAGUUUCUUGACAGCUUUUAAGAGGGAAAAGGUGUUGUAUAUGACGGUAAGCUCAUCCUUAAUCAUUCAAAAAUGAGUCAGGAAUCAAAAAAGUAAGAAAAUGCAAUGUAAAUUAUGAAGCAUUUUCUAAAUAGAAAUACAUUUUCCAUUUAGGAUGAUUUUAUUUUUCUGAGCAAUUAGGAACUUUUCCCUUAUUUCAGUGAAAGCUGAAAUGUCACACGGUGCUUCGGUCUGGGAGCUCAAGAGAAGGAACAGACAGAAGGAAGUUCAGUCCCAGGAUCUGGCAACAUUUAUAUGCUAGGUGAACUUACUACAUUUUUUAGGACAUGAUAGGAGUGUAUAAAAAUAUUUAGGGAGUGGGCAGGGCGUAUGGAAAAGGAUCACAUAACUGAGAUCCUUGAAUUGGACUUACUAAGACAACAGCGAGACUUCAAACAUCAGAGAUUCUAAAGCUUCUGCAGUGUUCAAAAAACACAAAUAGUUUUCUUUCAUAGCCUUAAGGCACGUUUAUACAAGGAGAUGAAUCCCAAAUAGCUACUGCUGGUUUUUUUCUUUUCUGCAUAAACUUUAAUUCUGUGCUAGGAAUCCCUUUUGUGCUUUGGGUAAUUAUAGGGAUCAAGUUUGUAUUAUCAAAGUGGGGGCCGCUGUCAGGAGGGAGCAGCUCCAGCAGCCAGGAUCCUGCUUUCAACUCUAAACAAAAAUUACCCAUGCCAUUUUGAAACGCCAAGCCCCAGCUAUUCAUUUUCCACCGUGUUGCCCUUCAGGCACGGGCAGCUGACAGGGAAUGAGCUGCUCUGAUGGUCCUGAAGAGGGGCAGGGAUGGCAGCAAAGUGGAAGGUGCUGUGGGUGAAUCUUUCCUGUCUGCGCUCAUGACUUCUUACCCUUUCCACGCUGCCCAGGAGAGGAUUUUUUGAUUUGUGACAAUGCGCAGUGAUAACAGAAGAAGAAAAUAAAAAGUAUUUAUUAAAUGGCUUUUUUUUAAAUUUCAAAUUUAUUUCCACCUGUGCCAAGAAGGGAGGAAUAAGUGCAUCAAUUCUCAGGAGCAGUACUACAGCUGUAAAGGAUGCAUAUUUGUGGCACCUGAGUGUUUGUUUGUAUUAAAGCACAAUAAAACAGUCAUAAAUUGAUUUUCAAAGAAUUAAUUUAGAUUACAGCUAAAAGAUAGAUUAAAGUGAUUUAUGUUUAGCUAGAGCACAUCAUGCUUGGCCGCAGUGCUGUUUGUGCAGCCACAAUUGGCAGUGUAACCUCCAAACUGAAUUUGAAGCAAAACACACACACGCAAAAUGUAUUAAAAUGCAACUGCAAAAGCAUCCAGCCAACAAAAAAAAAACACCAAACCAACAACAAAAAAACAAUUUCUGAUGUUCUUGCUUAAGAUAAUAUUUAUAGGCUGCAGUUUAUCCUCUACAUAAAUGCAUACAGCCCUGGUUGGAAGGGAAUACAAAUAAACGCCCGUUGGCAGAGAGUUAAUGUAAUAGGGAGUCCUUUGGCAUUAACUGAAGAUUGGAGCUUAUCGUGGCUGGGGUUUCUUAAAAUGGUGGGUUUUCAGGCAUUUUCCUUUUAAAGCUUUUUUUUUUUUUUAAUGAAGACAAGUGUAAGUGAAUUCAGGCCCUAGAAUUCUAGAGCAGGAAGCAUGCCUUGCUUCAGUAUGUUUGUGGAUCCUUGAGAAAUAAUCUAACUUCAUGUUUAGGCACCAAGGACCAUUGAGUGAAAACUGUUGCCCUAAAAAAUUUGUUUCCUAAAGGAAUUUCAGACACGUGUAUACAUAUAUAUAUAUCUAUAUAUAUAUACACACACAUAAAUGCGCACACACCUUUUGCAGCUUUAUGUCUCCAGUCGUGCUUUUGCAGAGUGGCUGCUUCUGUCCUAGAAGGGGCUCUCUAACCUUCUGCUGAAUUAAAUAAACAAUAGACCACACAUAAAGGAUUGUAGAAGGGAAACUGCUAUACCCGCUGCUGUCUAGUGUUUCUGUUAUCCUUUCGGCUUAAUUUGUCAUCUACAAAAGAAUGAAUCCCAGAAUGAUUGCCUUUGGGCUGCCCAGAAUGGUGACAUUUGUUGCAGAGGCCUUCACAGCCCAGGGCCAACCUGGAAGGCUGCAUAGAUCUGUUGGUCUCCUGUAAGGCAGCUCCCAAAUGUCUGAAUUCAGCAAUUGUCCGUCUAAAUGAGGAAUUAGCAGAUCAUUAGCACAUUCAUUAACGGUAACAACGUGGCAUUAUGGAAAUUAACACUCACAAUCUCAGCUAUACUGAAGGCUAGCUGAAGUAUCUUUAGUGGUCUGCUAAAUGUCAGACUUUCUCUAGGUUUCUUGCUGCUGUAGGCAGUAGUUUUCAGCUCCUGAUGUGCCAGUUGCACUAAUAAAUGUUUCACUUGUGUGAACGUUUUGACACAGAACCAAUUCUUAAUCCAUUUCAAAAAUAGGAAGGUGUUAAAGUGAUGCACGUGGUACUUAUUUUUGGAUUUAUGAUGACAUAAAUCCACUGAUAGAGCACCUGGUGGGAAGGCAGGAUCAACCCAGGAGAGCUCAGGUGCAUGCAAUGCAGCUGAGUGACUGGAAAGGAUGGAGCCAGGGCCCACCCUUUCCCAGACCUCAUUUAAGGGUUGGUAGUGGAGGUGAGGGUAUCUGAUUGGAGAUCCCUGCCUACCUGAGGUCUUCUCAAGGUAAGCAGAUUUUCUUCUUUUGUUUCUGUAUCUAUGGGUGGUGCAGAGGAGCUUGUUCUCAUUUGUUGUAGCCUGGGAUUGUGUCACCCUGCUGUUACUGCUGUGCUUUCCAUCACGUUGUAGCACUAUGGCAUUACGGUAGUCAACCUUGGUCCUGUGUGAUUUAGUGAUCUGGAUUUCCUAGCAUGUUGUUGCAGCUCUGGUCAUUGCUUUUCAAUUCAUCACACAAUUCACCUCAUCACCUUUCACGCUUCUGUGUUUGUCUGUAAGGCACUGUGUGUGAUUGACUGUAAAUAGAAGAAUCUUAGCAUAUUUUGAUAUUACCUGUGAGCUGCUAUUCAGUUUUUAUGUCAAAUCUUCUAGUGAGACCAAAGCUCCCAAGCAAAGACUGCAGAGGCACCCCCCAAAUCCCACAGUGUUUGGGGCUGUGGGGAGCAGCCCCAUAUACCUGCUGGGAGAGCUACAGCCAGGCCUGGGGCUGCAUAAGGGCUCACGUACCAGUGACAGUGCCUCCCAGGAUAACAGACCUGGUAGGAGGCCUGUGAUAGCACUACAUACAGCCGUGUGCCUUUUUCCAUGAGUGUAAUAAUAACACAGGAUCCUUGUUCCUGUCCAGUGCUGCUGCAUGAGUCAGUGAUGAGUCAGUGUCCCAUUCUCAGUAUUAUAAGGGAUUUCUGGCUUUAUGAUUAUUUAUUUUUGUAUACUUCUAAUCUAAUUCUGUACUUGACUCUCCUAGAAAAGACCACAAAGCUACCAUGACAUCUGUACUCCUUCCCCAUCAGGUUGCAGUGAUGAACAAGGAGAUAUCUCUCUUGGAUGGGGGGGAAAGCAUUCUGGGUCUUUGAGUCAAUUGGUCCCAGCUGUAGCCCACAUCCUUGUGCCUGUGUGUGAGCUCUGUGCCAGAUACUACAUCUGCAUCUUGCUUGCUGUGCAAGCCUGCCUGGUGAGGUCUGCACUUCCUCUACCCAGACCUUAUUGGGGCAACACUACAGAUCUCCCCAGGUCCCACUCUUUGAAUCUUUCACCCAAAGGCUGUGCAAACUCCCCUGCUCCCAGCAUGUUUGAAUACCUGUUAGUAGGUGUCGCUGCUAAGAAGUUUUUAAUGAGACUGAAGUCAUCACCCCCAGGAUCCAAACUGCUGGACUAGAUCACAGAAACUGGAACAUGAGGAAGCCCUACUGGUCGGGUGUGAAACACUUCAGGCAAAUAGUUCCUUUUCAGGAUGUUACUUUCUUGUUUUUUUUUCUUCUUCUUUUCAUAUACUUUAGAGAGAUGAUUAAAUUAUUUAAGUGAUCGAAGUUCAUUUUAACAGCAUUAAUUUAACUUAGCUAAUGAAGCUGUGAUGUAGAUAGGAGUCAUCUGCUAAUGCAAUCCAGGGUGCCUUUUAUCUGUAUAACUUGUUGUGCUUUGCUGAGCCUCACACUAGGAUACCAUUGUGAGUCUGGAAUAUUGAUAUAAUUGCCCUCAUUAGAAGGGAUUUGCACUUCUACUAUGCUGGCAUAGCUAAAAGGGGCAAUGCUCUGUGCCUUUGCAUUUUGAACUGCUUUGUUAAGUCCCAAGAAUUACUUGCACUUGGUUGUGGUGUUUGUAAGCCUUUGUUGGAGUAGCUGCUCAUGUGGAAAAAGAACCUGAUCUUUACUGACUCAAUAGAAUUUCUUCUGAAGUAGAAAUCAUUUUGAGUCUUGUCUUUUCUUUUGAGAUGAUUGUAAUGCUAAAAGUGAUGCCUCUGGUUAGGUAAAAUGACUAAUAUUUAAUAUAUAUAGUUUAUAGCAUAAUUAGUACCUUUUAUCGUAUUUCAGAGAGAAAAUAAGGCAUUGCCAUUUCUCUAAUGUGCAAAUAUACAGAAUACUACAGCAUUUGAUAGAGAGUCAAAUCUCCAUUGAGGAAGUGUGCUGCCCAAAAUAUUUGAAUUGAGUCUGAAAGCAUUCAGUUCUUAGUCCAGCUCCCAGACCAUCUCAGGACUGUACAGAAUGAUGGGAAGUCAAACAUUCUGCUGGACUUGGGUCCAAAUUUUAAUGUCUAACUUUUGACUUUAGAAAUGAAAUUUUGUGAUAAAAAUCUAACUGAAACAUCUUUAAGGGGAGGUAAAGCAUCACUCUUUCUGGCAAGCAUGUGAUGAUUUCAUUUUAUGAACUCCAGUUACUUGCAAUCAUCUCUGCACUAUGGUAUAAUCUGGGAUGACUUCUGAAUUAUUCUAAAUUCAGAUUGAUUUUAAGAUACUGUUUGUGACAAUGUUUUGCUCAAUGAAUUAAAUGACAAAUUUUGCCUGGAGUAGCUUUUUCAAAUUUGGGAGUUAGCUUAAACAAACAGGACCUUAGGAAUGAAAAAACGACUUGUCUGAUUAGACUGGUUUACAGAAAUAGUUUGGAAAGUUGCAUAGCAUGUAUAAUGGAUUGCCUUUUUAUUACUAUUUGUAAGUGCAGUAUAAAUGAGGUGUGAUACUUCCCCCAGUUUGGUGCUAGAAUCCAGGGUGCUGGGGAGGCUGUCUGCCCCUUGCCUUUGCCUAUUCUGUAUGUAUGUUUGCUAGCACAGACAUAGCCUUGUGCACAGCCUGAGAUGUGCUGCCAUCAGCUCCUCAGGAGUGCUGUGCUCACGGACCAAAGCCUGUGAUGGGAGUUGUUUUGUCAAUCGUCUUAUGUUCUACCAACAAAACGUACUGAGGGGCUAUAUCAUCUGCGUAUUGCUGGCUUUACCUUUUUUCUAUCUGCUUGUUCUGUAUCAGCUGCCAUUUUAAAAUGCUGAUGUGCCUUAUUGUCAUUGUGGAAGACUGUUAAGAGAAGAAUUUUCUGUCAGAUAUGGUAAAAUCUUUGAGAUUUCUUUACCAUCAUUAAAAGAUAUUUAUGUUCUUUUCUGCUUCA